AUGCGUCGACUAAAUCAUCCAGUUCCUUAUGUACCACAAGACGAUCUUCGAAGAACAAUUUUACAAAUUUAUCAUGAUACUGCAGCAAAUGGUGCUCACUUCGGAAGAGAUAAAACAAUACAUAAAAUUAAACAACGUUAUUUUUGGCCUUCGAUGUACAAGGAUAUCAAUAAUUAUAUUAAAUCAUGUAUUACUUGUGCUCAAUAUAAUCCUCGUCGGAGAAAAGCUCCUGGUAAAUUACGACCAAUUAAACCUCCAGAAGGUGUAUGGCAACUAGUAGCUAUGGAUUUUCAUGGUCCUAUCAAUCCCACAUCUCGUCGCGGCAAUAAAUAUAUAAUAUGUCUUACAGAUAUUUUAUCAAAAUUUGUGGUAACAAAAGCAGUACGUGAUAAUACUGCACAAACAGCUGUUAAAUUUCUUAAAGACGACGUUAUUUCAAAAUUUGGUACACCUCGAUAUAUCUUAACCGACAACGGCACUCAUUUUACAUCAACAGUUAUGAAUGAAUUAGUCAAACAAAUUGGAUCAACACAUUUAUAUUCAACACCAUAUCAUCCUCAGUCGAAUGGUCAAGUUGAAAGAUAUAAUUCAACGAUGGAUGAAAAAAUUGCAGCUCUAUCCAACAUACAAAAAACAGAUUGGGAUGAUCAAUUACCAUUUGUAACAUUCAAUUACAACACGUCGAUCCAUUCCUCGACCAAGCAAAUUCCAUUCGAAAUGAUGUAUGGCCGAGCACCAAUAUUACCAUUUGAUUAUCAAGGAGAUAAUGUUACCAUUCAAUAUGAUAAUGAACACGUGAAAAAACUUAAUCAAUUCUUAACAAAGUUAGAUGAACAAGCAAAAAUUAAUAUUAAAAAAAAUCAAGAACGAUAUAAACAACGUUACGAUGCAAAUCGUUCUGAUCCAUCAUAUAAUAUUGGUGAUCUCGUUCUCGUUAAGACACUCUACACCUAUUCAAAAUUCAAUAUCCGUUAUGAACGACCAUUUAGAAUUACUGAAAAACUUGCACCAAAGACAUUUAUCGUACAACACAUCAAGAAACCAACAUUACAUCGUCAAGUUACAACUGAUGUGUUACUUCCAAUUUUUGAACGCAUUCAUUAA